GAGAUCUUAAAAUUAAAUAUGGCGGCGCCCGGUGUAUCACUCAUGAGUCUCAGAGGGCUCACGAAAGUCCUCAAAUCGGUUUAUUUUAGAGGAAAACACGUUAACAAUUUAAGUAGAGAAAUGCGAUGGUAUUCAACGAAAUUCGGGAGGGUUGAGCCGGAGGAAUCGUAUUUGAAGAAUAAAAAGUACUACAACCGAGAUCUUCUGAAAGAGUUUCCAGAACCCAAACAUUUGCUGCAUAAGACCUUGUCUCAGGCACUGGGAAAAAAUGAUAUUUCCCAGUUCAUCCAGUACACCAACUGUGAGCAUAAUGGCGUUAAGAAAGCUACUGUUAAACUGUUUUGGCCCUGUGAGAUUGAAGAGGUGGGAUAUGACACAAAGAAGCUCAAAGCAGAGCAAUUUGCUGCAGCUGCUGCAUGCCUCAAGCUCAGAGAAAUGGGUUUGAUUAGUUCAAACAAUCAGGUUGUCAGGAGAAGAGCUGACCAGGGUAGAGGAAGACUACGAUCAACUUUUUAUGAUGAGCACGAGGACGGUUCUUGGACAAAUCACGUGGCUGGGGCCAGAGCUGAUGUUCAGACACAGCAGCUCCUAACCUCUGAAGUGGACUCGCAUGUUGCUGAGGCUGUCGCCCUCUUUCCACAUCCCAAAUCCUUGUUAGAUAGAGUCAUCCAGCUGGCCACAUCCUCUUCCAAAACCAGGGAGCUACUAAGUAUUAGGACAUCAGGAAACAGGGUGAAGAGGUGUGAUCUGACUCUUUGCUGGCCUGAGGAAAUGAUCUUCACAGCUGAAGCAUCAAGCAGACGAGUGGCAGAGAAGCGAGCCGCAGCUCUUGCUUGCAUGAAACUGAAGGAGCUGCAACUCCUUGAUAAAAACAAUAAUCCUUUGACACACGCUGAGUACCACAAGGAGAAAGUGAGGGAGGCUGGAGAGAGGGAGAAACGGCCCAUUCCUCUAGAAAUACCCAAAAACUUGGAGAGUCAAAUAAAGCAGUAUCUCGCAAAGUAUCCAGUGGCAACAGAAGUAAAGAAGCUCUGGGAGGAAGAAGAAGAAAAAGCACAGAGGGCACUGAACCAGGAACUUGAGGAUGAGGAGGACGCUUUGACAGACGCCAUCACUGGCCGACCAUAUAGACCUUUAUCAAAAAAGGAUGCUGAACAGCUCAACGUUUACCUGCAAGAGGAAUGGGAGAGGGCCAAUCCCCAGAUCAGUUUGGAGCUUCCAGUCGAUGGCCACCGUCAGCGAGUAGUCUCCAUUAUACAGUCGUCUAGGGUGGUAGUAAUCGCUGGAGAAACGGGAUGCGGCAAAACUACUCGGAUUCCCCGAUUUCUGCUGGAGGACUCUGUUAGAAGGGGACAAGGAGCCGAAUGCAACAUCCUGGUGACCCAGCCACGUAGGAUCAGUGCCGUGUCUGUGGCUCAUCGUGUUGCUCAUGAGAUGGGCCCAACUCUGAAAAACUGUGUGGGAUAUCAGGUGAGACUAGAGAGCCGGCCCCCAGAACACAGUGGUGGAGCUUUACUCUUCCUCACUGUCGGAGUUCUCCUGAAGAAACUACAGUCCAAUCCAUCCCUGCUAGGAAUCAGCCACGUUGUGGUGGACGAGGUCCAUGAGAGAGACAUCAACACUGACCUGCUGCUGGCUUUACUGCGCUCCAGCCUUAAGGAGAAUCCCCACCUUCGAGUGGUGCUCAUGAGCGCUACUGGAGAAAACGAGAGGCUGGCUAAGUACUUCGGAGGCUGUCCAAUCGUUAAAGUUCCUGGGUUUAUGUAUUCUGUUAAAGACAAGUACCUGGAAGAUGUGCUGAGAGAGAUGGGACGUCCACAGCCAAAGAUGGAGGAGAAUAAUAAGGGAGGCGUAGAUGAGGUUAGACCUGAUCUAGAUUUGGUUGCAGACGUCAUCGCGUACGUUGAUCAACAAGGGCAGCCUGGUGCUAUCCUGUGUUUCCUUCCUGGAUGGCAGGAAAUCCGAACAGUUGAAGAAAAACUUAAAGAGAAACCUCAGUUUUUGAGAGGCUCACAGAUGAUCCUGCCAUUGCAUUCCAGUUUAUCAGUGGCUGACCAGCAGACUGUAUUCCAGCGCCCUCAAGUGGGCCAAAGAAAGAUUGUGCUCUCCACUAAUAUUGCUGAGACCUCCAUCACCAUAGAUGACGUUGUCCAUGUGGUUGAUGCAGGAACUCACAAAGAACAUAGUUAUGACCCGCGGACAAAGGUCUCCUGUCUGGACACAGUUUGGAUAUCUCGCGCCAACGUCACUCAGAGAAAAGGGAGAGCAGGACGAUGUCAGGCAGGACAGUCUUAUCAUCUGUUUCCAAGGAAGCAGUUGGAGUCCAUGCCUCAGUUUUCAAUUCCUGAGAUCCUCCGCACCCCACUGGAGAGUUUAGUAAUGCAGGCCAAAAUCCACAGUCCUGACUGCAAGGCUGAAGAUUUUCUAUCCCAAGUAUUGGAGAGUCCAGAACUUACAGCUAUACAGGAUGCUGUCCGAAAUCUACAAGACAUUGGUGUUCUUGACAAGACAGAAACCCUAACGCCUUUAGGGGAGCGUGUUUCCUGCAUUGCAUGUGACCCUCGGCUGGGCAAAAUACUGGUGCUUAGCGCCCUCUUCAGGUGUGUUCUACCCAUGUUGUCCAUAGUGGCCUGUCUAACCAGAGACCCCUUCUACAACAGCCUGGUGAACAGAUCACGCGUGAAACAAGCCAAAAAUGCUUUAAAUGGUUCCAGCUACAGUGAUUAUUUGGCCUUCAGCAGAGCAGUUUUAGGCUGGAGGAAAGUACAACAGGACUCCAGAGAACACAGAGACAACUAUCUGGAAGACUUUACUUUGUCCAGGAACAGCCUUCGCUUCAUCAACGGUCUGAUUAAUCAGUUUAGCGACAACCUGAAAGAGGCUGAGCUGGUGCGUCACAGCAACGACUGCAUGCAACAGGUUUCUGUCUUCAAUCAACACAGCAACGAGGAUGAGCUUCUCAAAGCCGUGCUGUUGGCUGGACUUUAUCCAAACCUCAUUAAGGUAAAGAAAGGGUUGGUGAAAAACGGACGUUUCCGGCCCAACACUGUAAAUUUCCGCACAGUCAAUGGACCAGUGCUGCUUCACCAGACGUCAGUCAACAGAGGGAAAUCCAGCUUUCCGAGUCGCUGGCUGACCUUUUUUAGUGCAGUCAAGUCAAAUGACACUGUUUUUGUCAGAGAUUCUUCUGUGGUUCACCCUCUCGCCCUGUUGCUGCUCACAGAUAGUGACAUCAGAGAGACAGUUUGUCAAGACAGAGUUGAAGUGACAUUUCCCGGCCGCUCUCUGGUGCAUUGUGAGCUGUCGACCGACUCGUGGGAACUGCUCUGGGAACUCCGUACAUCCAUUCAGGCCAUGCUGCAUCGAAACCUCAGCAAUCCAGACAACACCAUCGCACACUCAAGUCAAGAUGGACAGCUCAUCUCCUUACUCGUUGAACUGCUCAACAAUACAGACUCAAACCCACUCGCUCAGUACAAUGACAGUGACACCGAGGUAGACUGAACACUGGAACUCAGUCAUUAAGUUUCCAGAACGGUUGGUCUUACAAGGCACUUUGACCAGGGUUAACAUUUCAGAUGUUGUCUUUGUGUCAGUAAUGAACUGAGUUGAACAAGAUCCAGUUUUAUUUUGGAUUUAAAAUAUUGUUUGUUGAUUAUUUAAUUCCUGUAAGGCAGAAAGAAGAUUUUACUCUUACUUAACAUGUCAAGACAGGACAGAUGACUGAUCAGGUCAUUUUAAUUACCAUUAAAGUUAAUAUUUAUUGGUAAUAAA